AUGGCUUAUUCUAGAAAGAAUUUUAUUACACCAACAAAAAUUGGUACUCACGUAAAAGCUUCAUGUGUCAAAGGCGAUGCUGGUUUUGCACUUGAACAACAUGCAUCUGGUGGAUGCUUAUUUACGAUAAGUAAAUCAAAGAGACGUACAUUCAAUAUUCAAGCCGUCACGAUCUCUGAAGAACCACAACUAGGUUUGAAUAUUGAACAUUAUUAUUUAAUACGAACCCAUCGUGUUAAUCAAUAUACAGAUACAUUUAUCAAAGAUUGUCAAUCAUUAGAUCAAUUUCGAAUCGAAUCAACACCUCAUGAUCGUUAUGGUAUAGCUACACCACAAAAAUUAUAUCAAAUGUUAAAAGAAGAAAAUAAUAAUCAAAGUCCAACAACUUCAUCUUCAUCAUCAGUUUCAUCUUCCACUACAACGCCAACUUCUUCACCAUUACAAGCUAAACGUCGAUCAUCAUUGCUACAGGAUCAUGUAGAAACACCAUGUAUUAUUUAUCCGGAUGAGCAGAGUGACCAAAGACAAUUCUUAACGUCUUCGUCAUCAUCAUCAAUAGAUAGUGACGAUGAUAAUGAAAUUGAAAUUUCCUGUACAUGUUCUCAUCAUGAUCAUGAAAUAUGA